AUGGAUUACGAAUUUCCGGUAUCUCGAGCUGUAGUCGCCCGGCUCCAGACUCUGACUUAUACGUCAUACCUCCAUGCCUCAUCCAUAAACAAUUACCCCAAACCGGACCAAAGUGCCCAAGAUACUGUUGCUUCCGCAGAAGACCAACAUCGAAAAACUGUUCGGCAAGACACCAGAGCUUUAGACCAACUCAUUCGGAAGCAGGAAGACGCGAUUCGAGGCCUCAAAUCCCAAAUUGAGAGACUACACAAGCGAGAGGAAGCUACCCGGGAAAAGAUCACCCUUGCAAAGACAAUCGCUUUGAAAGAUGGAUCCCAAAGCUACUUCAACGAAUUACCGUGGCUACCAGAUGACGAUAGCGGGACUAAUACUUUACUCACUUUGCGCAAUGUGUUAAAGGUUAUCGAAGCGAAUAGGAAAGGGGUCACGGAUACGGAGCGAAAAAUUGAGGAGAUGAAGAAAAUGGUUAGACGGGAACGAGGAUGGGUUGCUACUGCCCAAGAGAUUGAGAAGGAGCUGGAUAGAAAGAUUUAUGAGCUUGAGGGAAUCGAUCGCUUACCUGAACCUUCUAAGAGGAGGGAAAAGAAAGAGAUCGAAGCUUAUGAAAAGGAAGUCAACGAGAUGAGGCGAACAAGUGCUAGACUUACGAAAGAACUUCAGAAGUUUGUGAAGGAGAAACUUGGAGCUGCUAUUGCGGUAGAGGAAGCCGGUGGGCCGGUUAUUGGGAGUAAAAUCAAUGUUUCUGAGUUGAAGAACUAUCUAGAUAUAGAAGCAGAGGCAGGAAAAACUGGGAGGAGAACUAAGGCUGUGAAGGCUAAGGAAAGGGGCCAAAAACGGCUUGAUGAAAUAUGGGGCGACGAUGAGGGCGUCACAAUCAGUCCUGAAGAGAAGGCAGGAGAGGAACUCUUGGAGCUCAUUGAGAAAUUGGUCAACACGAUGCUAAAUGAUGAUCCCCAUGCAUACACGAAGUUGACUCGGGAGUCGGCUGCAUCUCGCUACUUGGUCAGAUCCUUUGUAGCUACUUUGCAUCCCAAGGAUGCGAUGAGGAUCCGCCUUAUCGACUUUGGAGGCAAAAUUGAUGCAGGCCGUUGA